CUUCAAAAAUACGAUACGCAUCCUUCUUCGUUUUUAUUACCUUUACAAGGCAAAUUAAUCUUUAAAAUCAAAUAAGUUUAUACAAUUUAGUAUUUACCAAUGAAUUAAUAUUUUGAUUAUAACAAUGGACGUGCUAAUAACUCUAGUCUACCUGCUUUUCUCAAUAUGCGUGGUGUACCCUCCUACCGAGUUCGUCUCGGCCGGUUUCACGAUAGCCCAACUCUUCGAGAGCUACCUCGGCUCCGAGAACGUAAACUUCGUGGGUUACCACAUGAAGCGGAUAACUAUAACUGCUUUGAUACACUCGGCGUUGCCUAUGGGCUAUAUUCUGUGUUUGUAUUUCGGUGGCGAGCGUAGUGCGUGGUUACUGGCGGGGUUCGCGGGCACGGCGAUCCUGCCGCUGCUCAUGGUGUAUAAGAUAGUGUGUUGGUGGGAGAGCAAGACAAAGCACCCGGCCGUGGCGCCGCUGAUCCCGUACGUGACGGAGGGUAGUGACUGGAGGGUGGUCGCUGCGCAAUUGAAUACAGAAUUUAGAGGUGUGGACAAGGUGUCCCUCCCGCUGACGGCGACCAGCAAGCUGGUGGCGACGGAGACGUGGCUCAUCAAAGUCACUUCCUACAACCUGUUUGUCAUCAAACAGAGUGACUGUGGUCUUGUCGCUACUGAUACAGACAUCCCCGACCUCACGGCAUCCAUAGAAGAAGAGACACAGUAUGUGAACAUACAAGUAGUGCCGUCUCGAGAUGAUGUAGCUGCCUUCAAGUUCAGAAUCACCACUCAGGCCCUACGUGACUUGCAGCCAAGGUUGUCGCAGACGGUGCGUGUGCCGGCCCACGUCUCCCUCCUGCCUUCGCUGGUGGAGCGUUUCGUGGCAGUCUUUAACCAGCAUGUAGAGCAGAACCCUGUCUACUACGUGGACGAGGAGCUAGAAGUAUGCAUCGGCUGCAUGCAGGCCCCUGCCGAUGUGAAACUGCGCAAGCGCUGCCACUCGCCGCCCGCGCACCUCGUCGGGGGCCCUCCCGAGUGCCAACAAUGCAAUUGCAGAGUGCUGUGGUGCGCGUCGUGCAUGGCGCGCUGGUGGGCGGCGCGCGCCUCGGCGGCGGGCGCGGCGCCCGACACGUGGCUCUCCUCCCGGGGGAGCUGCCCCGUCUGCCGCGCCGUCUGCUGUCUGCUGGACGUGUGCCCCGCCAGAAGGUACGCAUCAUGA